UAACGCAGUUUUUAGCUGGUCAGACUUUAAAAGAGACUUCCUUGAUUUUAUUGGUGAUUGAAUGACAAUUAGAAGCCAGGCCUCCUCCUAUUUCUUCCAGUGUGGAAUCUCAUAUGAUAAUACAGUAAUAUCUGUUUGGAACUGAGUCCUUAUAAAUCUGUUGUUAUUAGGAGAACUCGUGCAAUUUCAGGUCCCUGGUUUAUCCAUCUUGUUGUCUAUUGCGACAGGUAGGUCUCUACAGCCCGGCUCACCUGGACGAGUCUUUGUGGUUUCUGGUGAUGAUGCGGUCCUCCCAUGUCGCCUCGACACCUCCGUGCCCUCACGUGUCAUGGUGUUGGAGUGGUCACGGGUGGAUGGUCCGUCCCCGUUGACGGUUCAUGUCCUCCGCAAUGGAAAGGAGCUGGCGAAGGAGAAAUCAGUGGAGUACCUCGGGAGGACAGACGUAACUGAAGACGGCUCUCUGAAGCUGCGAAGUGUCACACGGUGGGACAGCGGCACCUACAGUUGCGUCAUUCUUAGAGGAUCAUCACUUGCAGACAAAGUACAAGUGUUUGUCUCUCUCACUGUUGCUGAGGUGUCUGAGGUCGACAUGACAGUGCAGAGGACUUCAUCCAAUGAGCUGUUUGUGCGCUGUGAGUCCAGCGGCUGGAGCCCAGAGCCGCUGAUUUCUCUGCUGGACGCCAGUGGAGACGUCCUCCCUGCUCAGACGGAGUCAUCAGUCGGACCAGACAACCUCCACUCUGUCAGGGCACACCUGGACUUGGCAGCAAUGAAAGGAAUUGGAACCUUGACUUGUCGUGUAGAGAUACCUGGAGGAAACGUGGUGAAGGAGAAGGAGAUUUAUUUCACUGAUCUGUUUAAUCUUCCAGAGGCAGAUCUGGGAUACUCGACUUGGGUUGUACCAGUUCUGCUCGUUGCCAUCGUUGUCAUCAUACUGGUUUGGGCCUUUGUCGUUCCCAUGCGGGUGAUCAAGAUGCUGCGCACUUCACUGCAGCCCCUGAAAGCCUUCUUCAUCAGACUGAUCCAAGGACAGGAAGAUCAUGACACUGAUGCUGCAGGGUAUCCAACAGGCCAUCCCUCACCUGAGGUUGAUACUGUGUGGCACACACCAGGUCCACCUAUGGUUGUACCUCAAGGGCCCAUUGAAGGCCCUCGUGGACCUCCCACUGCUGUUGCAUGGCGACCACUGGGUCCACCUGAUGCUAAAACUACUGGGAUGUCUCCCUCAUCAUCCCGCCAAUCCGCAUCAUUAGAAUCAGGGAGAAGAUACACAGAGUACGGAGACAUCUUCGAGGUGGACACAACGGGAGCUUCUGCUCAUACAGCGAGAGCAAACCAAGUCAAAGACAGCAAUGGUCAACUGAUGUCUGGGGUUGACGCUUCCCAAGAACUGGCAAAGAGAGACCUGAAGGAGAUGAUGAAGUACAAAGAGAAUAUUAUCACUGUGGGAAAAAUACUCCGUGUCCACCCGGCCCUGAUCGCUGCCAUCAUCUCCAGACAGUCUCAGGCUGGAACCAAGCUGGAUGCAAACGGCUUCGGGCAGUACGACUCAAGCAGCUUCGGUCUCAUGCAGAUCAAUAAGCGUUACCACGAAGUGAAAGGCAGCCCGUAUGGCACAGAGCAUAUAGGCCAGGGAAUCACUUUCCUCAUCCAACUCAUCAAGGUCAUGGAGAGGACGAAGCCGAACUGGACCAAAGAACAACGGCUGAAAGGAGCACUAGCUUGUUACAUCGCAGGUGAGGACAAAGUCAUCCCACUGGAGAAUUAUGAAGAUGUGGACAGUAAGACACCAUAUGGGGACUUUGCCAAUGACGUGGUCGCCAGAGCACAGUGGUUCGCCAGGAACAACUUCUGAAAGUCAAAUCAGUUGUUUUCUUUUUUGUUUUUUUGGGUAAACAGCUGCAUUUACACAAACACAGCUGAGAAGGUGAGAAGUCAGUUUAUGGAGCUACUCUGCAUUUUUUAAGCUAUAUUUUACAGUUAAGAAAAAAACAUACCACUAUUUAUAUUCAAGUUUAAACAGUAUGAAUUUCUAAAAACAGUUUUUCCUGCUACUUUGCCUGAUAUAACGUCGUCCUUUCACCAUUAUCCACAUGUGCAGUGCUAUGGUGAUGUAUAAUUUCCCGUGUUAUUACUAAGGCCUCUGUUUGUUCCGUUUUCCACAGCUACAUUCAGGAUAAAUAAACCAAAUUAAAUAUUAUUCAUUCAUGUAUGUAUUUAUUUUAAAGCACUAUUAAAUGACAAAUUGUGUUUAAUAUUGUAAAAAUAAAAGUCUUAAGGUGA